AAACAAACAACCAUGGAUGAUAUGCAAACAGAACCAUCGCAAACCAGCCCAACCAUAGAACCAAUCCGCUUCCGCGCCGGCAAAAAGAGAAAAGCCUACCGACAAAGAGCUACAGCAGCAGCAGAAGAAGAAGAUGAUGGAAACAAUGGCGCAACGACGGCGAUCUCGCCUGCGCCGGUGAUGCCAGCCGUGUCGUCGAAUCCGAAAGAUGUCGAUCCGGAACGAGAUGCAGACGAUACAGCUGCGGAAGCGCAGAACCCUGCAGAAGGCGAUUCCGAUAUGGACGUAAAUAACGACGACGGCGACGAUCAAACCGCGGAAGAAUCCGCCGUGGCGGCAGCUCUGCGCCUUCGCAACGCUCGACGGGCAGCAUCUCGUCGGGGAGGCGUGGGAUUUCGAUCAGAAGGACGGUCGGCACACGACGAAGAAGACUCGGAGCAUGCCUUGGUCCUACGAGAUCAGGGCAAAGAAGUCGCAGCGGCGCAAGAUCGCGUCGUGGGCGGCAUCACGAACCGCUUCAUGCAUCAGACCGGCCUCCUCACCAUCCUGGACGACUCACACAUGAAUGCAUACAUAGAAUCCCGUUUAGCUAGUCGCAACGCCGCCAACACACCCCAAGGCGCAUCAUCAUCACCAUCAUCAUCCUCGCAGCAGCAGCUCCCUCCUCUAUCUUCCACGGAUCUCCAAAAUUACAAUGCGAUAUCGUCAUCGAAUCCAGCGGAUAAGUGGCGAGAUCAGCCCACCCGCCACGGCAAACUCGUCGAAGUCGACACAACGAACCUUCGCGACCACCAAAUGAACAACGACAAGCGCCGCCGCGUCGACACCGACACUGCCAAACCUGCUCCUCAUCGCCGAGGGCGCAACCGCCGCAACAGCGAGGACAUUGCGCGCGAUGCCAUGGUUGAGCAAUUCCUCCACGAAAAUCGACUCGAUGUCUACGAAGUCCCCACCGCCUCCUCCAUGUCAGCAGCCGCCUCCUCUUCAGCCCCCGGCGCAGACCCCUCCGCCGACGACCGCCUCGCCGAACAGUUCCGGCAGCAAUACUACGACGAGAUGGCCCUGCGCCGCAAGAGGAAGCGCCCCGCGGCGACGCAGCAGCAGAAGCAGCAGCAGCAGUCGGCGGAUGUCCUCAAAGGUCCCAAGCUUGGUGGCAGCCGGAACCAGAGAGCUGCUGUCAGAAACAUACUGUUGCAGCAGGAGAAGGACAAGAAGGGCAAAUAGCUUGGAAGCGUGUGGCUCUUUGUGUUGCAGCAGCAACGGUGGUAAUAAUCAAAUGAGCAUAAUUGAUCACUUACGAGUUAAUAAGGACGGACAAUUGGGAAUUAUAUCGACAGUACAAGAAUAAAACUGGGCGAAAUAAAAAAAUUUAGCGUAUAUAAAUAAUUUGG